UGCCCCGCAUUGCUGCGCACUCUGUGUGUCGUGUGUGCGCUCAUAAAGAAGCCAAGCUCGCACUCCGUGGACGCACACGCGCGGCGCCGUGCAGCCACACAGCCAGCCGGGCUCUCCUCCUUCUCUUCCUCUCCUGGCACGCUCCGAGAGGACUCUUGUGACCUCCUCCUCCUCCUCCUCCCUCUUCUCCCUCCUCUUCUCCCUCCGAACUUAACUCUCCGCUUCCAUCAAAGAGCUGUUGCCGAGUGUGACAACGCGCCGUGGGUGAGCUUUGAAGUUUUUAGUCCGGGGGAUGCGCGCGGCUUUCCAGCCGACUCCCGAGGCUUUGUCUGCGGGCUACCGCUCCCGGUAGUAACCCCUUUGGAGGACGGUCCAAGUUAGGAGCGGCGCGCACAGGUGUUCCUCGAUUGAAAUGGACCUCACGCGGACUCAAACCGGAAUCGUCUAUUAAUUAGAAACCUCUUUUGGGAGCCACACGCGCCGCAACAACCCAGUUCGCAGACAUCGUCGGACCGCUCAGCGAGCGCUCAUCAACAGCGCGGUUUCCAGCGCAUCCGGCACCAUCAGCAUCCAGCGGGGACUCCGCGCAACGCUCACUCGACACCUGUACUCUGCGUGGCUAUCUUUUGGGACCAUGUUGCCUGGCUCCUGGAGCUCUUCGCUGUGGCACGCCACGUGGAUUUUAUCUCUCCUCGUCGUCACCCACUCGGCGCUUGGGCAAGACGAUGUGCCUCCUUACUUUAAAACGGAGCCGGUGCGGAGUCAGCUGCAUUUGGAGCGCAACCGGCUGGUGCUGACCUGCAUGGCCGAGGGCAGCUGGCCUCUGGAGUUCAAGUGGAUCCACAACAGCACCGAGCUGACCCGCUUCUCUCUGGAGUACAGGUAUCUGAUCCCAUCGUUGGACCGCUCCCAUGCCGGCUUCUACCGCUGCAUCGUGCGGAAUCGCGUGGGAGCGCUGCUGCAGCGUCGCACUGAAGUGCAGGUGGCUUUCAUGGGCAGCUUCGAGGAAGGUGAGCGCGAGCAGUCCAUCUCGCAGGGAGAGGGCGCCGUCAUCCCGGCGCCUCGCAUCCGCAGCUUCCCGCAGCCGCAGGUCACGUGGUACCGCGACGGACGCAAGAUCCCGCCGAGCAGUCGCAUUGCCAUCACACUUGACAACACGCUGGUCAUCUUGUCCACCGUGGCGCCGGAUGCCGGCCGCUACUACGUCCAGGCGGUCAACGAUAAGAAUGGCGAGAACAAAACCAGCCAGCCCAUCACGCUCUCGGUGGAGAAUGUCGGAGGCCCGGCGGACCCCAUCGCACCCACCAUCAUCAUCCCGCCAAGGAACACCAGCGUCGUCACGGGAACGUCGGAAGUCACCAUGGAGUGUGUGGCAAACGCCAGGCCUCUCAUCAAGCUGAGCAUCACCUGGCGGAAGAACGGCGUCGUGGUCCGAAGCGGGCUGAGCGACUUCAACCGUCGGCUGACCAUCCUGAGCCCCCUGGUGGCCGACGCCGGCUACUACGAGUGCGAGGCCGUGCUUCGCAGUAGCAGCGUGCCAUCCGUCAGCGCCGGCGCGUACCUGCGCGUGCUCGAGCCGCCGCAGUUCAUCAAGGAGCCCGAGAAGCACAUCACGGCUGAGAUGGAGAAGGUGGUGGACAUCCCCUGUCAAGCGCGAGGUGUGCCCCCACCAGACAUCGUGUGGUACAAGGACGCCACGCCCAUCGACCCGGUCAAAACGCCGCGGUACCGGGUGUUGACCGGCGGCAGCCUGCAGGUCAACGGCCUCCUGCCCGACGACACCGGCAUGUUCCAGUGCUUUGCCAGGAACGCGGCGGGCGAGGUUCAGACCAACACGUAUCUCGCCGUCACCAGUAUCGCUCCCAACAUCACAGCCGGACCCUCCGACAGCACCGUGAUUGACGGGAUGUCCGUCAUCCUGCACUGUGAGACUUCCGGUGCUCCGAGACCAGCUAUCACCUGGCAAAAAGGCGAGCGUGUCCUGGCGAGCGGUUCGGUGCAGCUGCCCCGUUUCACCCUGCUGGAGUCGGGCAGCCUGCUCAUCUCGCCCUCGCACAUCUCCGACGCCGGCACGUAUACCUGCAUGGCCAGCAACUCGCGCGGCAUCGACGAGGCGUCGGCUGACCUCAUUGUCUGGGCUCGAACCCGGAUCACGACGCCCCCGCAGGACCAGAGCAUCAUCAAAGGCACCAAGGCCGCGCUGACCUGCGGUGUCACGCACGAUCCCAGCGUGAAUGUCAGGCACGUGUGGGAGAAAGAGGGCGUGGUCAUCAACGUGCACGCCAUCCCGCGCGUGCAGCAGGACGCCGAUGGCACCCUACACAUCUCGCAGACGUGGUCCGGCGACAUUGGCACCUACACCUGCCGGGUCACCUCGGUCGGUGGCAACGAUUCACGCAGCGCCCACCUCCGCGUUAGGCAGCUGCCUCAUGCGCCCGAGAACCCCGCGGCUGUGCUGAGCAGGUCUGAGCGGCGCGCCAUUGACCUGACCUGGGCCAAGGCCUUCGACGGCAACAGCCCGCUGAUGCGCUACAUCCUGGAGGUGUCGGAGAACAACGCUCCCUGGGCCAUCCUGCUGGCCAGCAUCGAACCCGAGUCGUCUGCGGUAACUGUCAGUGGCCUGAUCCCGGCGCGCUCCUACCAGUUCCGCCUGUGCGCCGUCAACGACGUGGGCAAGGGCCAGUUCAGCAAGGAGACGGAGCGCGUGUCGUUGCCAGAGGAGCCUCCCAGCGCUCCUCCUCAGAACGUCAUCGCAAGCGGUCGCACCAACCAGUCCAUCAUGAUCCAGUGGCAGCCGCCGCCCGAGAGCCACCAGAACGGCAUCCUGCGGGGCUACACAGUACGAUACCGUCUGACGGGGCUGCCGGUGGACUACCAGAUCAAGAACAUCUCCAGCCCGGACGUGACCACGCUACUGCUGGAGGACCUCAUCAUCUGGACCAACUACGAAAUUGAGGUGGCUGCCUACAACGUGGCGGGCCUGGGCGCCUUCAGCCACAAGGUCACAGAGUGGACACUGCAGGGAGUGCCGACGAUCGCCCCGGGCAACGUGCAAGCCGAGGCCGUCAACUCCACGGCGAUCCGCUUUACGUGGACCGCGCCCAACCCGCAGUUCAUCAACGGCAUCAACCAGGGCUACAAGCUGCUGGCAUGGGAGCCCGGCAAGGAGCGCGAGGCGACGGCGGUGACGGUGCGGCCCAACUUCCAGGACGCCGUGCAUGUGGGCUACGUGACGGGCCUGAAGAAGUUCAGCAACUACUACACAUCGGCACUGUGCUUCACCACGCCGGGCGACGGACCCCGCAGCCCUCCCAAACUUGUCAUGACGCACGAGGACACACCGGGUGCCGUUGGCCACCUGAGCUUCACCGAGAUUCUCGACACAUCGCUCAAAGUCAGCUGGAGCGAACCUAGCGAGAAGAACGGCAUUCUCACAGGCUACCGCAUCUCGUGGGAGGAGUUCAACCGCACCAACACGCGGGUCACCCACUACCUGCCGAGCGUCACCCUGGAGUACCGCGUCACUGGACUCACCGCGCUCACCACGUACACCAUUGAGGUGGCCGCCAUGACAUCCAAGGGACAAGGCUUGCUGUCAUCCUCCACCAUCUCGUCGGGCGUCCCGCCAGAGCUUCCUGGCCCGCCCACCAACAUCGCCAUCUCCAACAUUGGCCCGCGCUCCGUCAGCCUGCUCUUCAAGCCGGGUUACGACGGCAAGACUUCCAUCUCCCGCUGGCAGGUGGAAGCCCAGGUGGGUGCUGUGGGAGACAAUGAAGACUGGGUGAUGGUCCACCAAGUGUCCAAUCUACCCGACGCUCGCUCCCUGGAGGUUCCUGGCCUCAAUCCGUACACCUUCUACAGGUUCCGUAUGCGUCAGGUGAACAUUGUGGGCAGCAGCCCCCCAAGUCAACCUUCCAGGAAGAUCCAAACGCUUCCUGCCCCUCCGGAUGUUGCCCCGGCCAACGUCACGCUGCGCACCGCCAGUGAGACCAGCCUGUGGUUAAGAUGGAUGCCUCUGCCUGAGUGGGAGUAUAAUGGUAAUGCCGAACAGGUGGGCUACAGAGUGGAGUACUCCAAGGCGGGUUCAUCGGGUCGCCCGCUCACCCAAGCCAUCGCCGACCGCUUGGAGAGGGAGUUUACGAUCGAGGACCUGGAGGAAUGGACCGAGUACGAGGUGAGGGUGCAGGCCCUCAAUGGCAUCGGACUUGGACCCUGGAGCCAGCCAAUCAGAGGCCGGACACGGGAGUCGGUGCCAUCCUGCGGGCCCACCAACGUGUCGGCCUUCGCCACCACCUCCAGCAGCGUCUUGGUGCGCUGGUCCGAAGUACCCGAACCGGACCGAAAUGGACUCAUUUUAGGCUACAAGGUGGUGUACAAAGAGAAGGACUCAGACAGCGGCGCCCGGUUCUGGAUGGUGGAGGGCAACGUCACGCACAGCGUCCAGCUGACGGGUCUGGGCAAAUACGUCCUCUACGAGAUCCAGGUGCUGGCGUUCACCCGCGUAGGAGACGGACGGCCCAGUUCUCCGGCCAUCUUUCAGAGGACCCUGGAUGACGUGCCAGGACCACCGAUGGGCAUCCUGUUCCCGGAGGUGCGCACCACUUCGGUUCGUCUGAUUUGGCAGUCGCCCUCCCAACCCAACGGGAUCAUCCUGGCGUACCAGAUCACGUACCACCUCAACUCCACCAACGGCAACACCGCCACCGUGGACGUGCUCAGCCCCAGCGCCCGCCAGUACGCCGUCACCGGCCUCAAAUCUGAAUGCGUCUACGUGUUCCGCAUCACGGCGCAGACGCGCAAGGGCUGGGGCAAGGCUGCUGAGGCGCUGGUGGUCACCACUGAGAAACGAGCUCGCCCGCAGCCCACCAGCCGCCCCGCCGUGUCUCAGAAGGACGUGCGCGCCCGCCGCGUUCUCCUGUCGUGGGAGCCCGGCAGCGACGGCCUCUCGCCUGUGCGCUACUACACCGUGCAGCUCCGCCAGCUCCCCGACAGCAACUGGACCGUGCAUUCGGCUUCCGUCAACCAUGACGCCACCGCCUACGUUGUCUCCAGGCUGAAGCCCUUCACGUCCUAUCAGUUCCGAGUGAAAGCGACCAACGACAUCGGGGACAGCGAAUACAGCGAGGAGAGCGAUGCCAUCACCACUCUGCAGGAUGCGCCGGACGAAGCACCCGUCAUCUUCUCCGUCACACCUCACACCACCACGUCAGUGCUGAUUCGCUGGAAGCCGCCUCCCGAGGAGAGGAUCAACGGCAUCCUGCUGGGCUUCCGCAUCCGUUAUCGGGAGCUGCUGUACGACCGUCUCCGAGGUUACUCCCUCCACGCCAUCAACAGCAUGACUGCGUGGGCUGACCUCACGGCACCGUACAGCAUCCGCAAUCUGAGCGACGCCUCUCUGACGCAGUUCGAGCUGGACAAGCUGAGCAAGCACAAGCGGUACGAGAUCCGCAUGAGCGUGUACAACGCCGUGGGCGAGGGGCCCACCAGCCCGCCCCAGGAAGUGUUUGUCGGGGAAGCAGUUCCGACGGCGCCUCCGCAGAACGUGGCCGUUCAGUCCGCCAGUGCCACCCAACUAGACGUCACAUGGGACCCGCCGCCAAUCAGCGCUCAAAAUGGCGACAUCCAAGGUUACAAGGUCUACUUUUGGGAGUCCCAGCGCAAGAACGAGACGGAGCGUCUGCGGACCCUGUUCAUGCCCGAGGGAAGCGUCAAGCUGAAAAACCUGACCGGCUACACCAGCUACAUGAUCAGCGUGGCCCCCUUCAACGCCGCCGGGGACGGACCACGAAGCCCCGCCGUCAGGGGGCGCACUCAACAAGCAGCCCCCAGCGCCCCCAGCUUCAUCCACUUCAGUGAGCUCACCACCUCCUCAGUGAACGUGUCGUGGGGCGAGCCCGCCCUGCCUAACGGCAUCAUCGAGGGCUACCGUCUGGUCUACGAACCCUGCGCGCCCAUAGACGGCGUCAGUCGGACCGUCAUGAUGGACGUGAAGGGCAGCGGCCCGCUCUGGCUCAAGCUCAAGGACUUGGCUGACGGCGCCACAUACAACUUCCGCAUUCGCGCCCGGACUUUUGUGUACGGGCCCGAGGUGGAGGCCAACAUCACCACCGGGCCCGGAGAAGGAUCCCCGGGACCUCCCGGAGACCCCUUUAUCACUCGCUAUGGCUCAGCGCUGACCAUCCACUGGACCAGCGGUGACCCGGGCCGCGCUCCGAUUACGCGCUACGUCAUCGAAGCCAGGCCUUCUGACGACGGCCUGUGGGACAUCCUGAUCAAGGACAUCCCCAAGGAAGUGACGUCGCACACGUUCAACAUGGACAUUCUGAAGCAGGGCGUCAGCUACGACUUCCGAGUGAUCGGCGUGAACGACUACGGUUACGGCGCGCCGAGCCUUCCCACUCCUUCCAUAUCAGCCCAAAAAGUGUCCCCCUUCUACGAGGAGUGGUGGUUCUUGGUGGUGGUUGCCCUCGUGGGGCUCAUCUUCAUCCUCCUGCUGGUCUUCAUCCUCAUCAUCCGAGGGCAGAGCAAGAAGUAUGCAAAGAAGUCGGAAUCAGGUAACAACGCCAACUGCAACGCGCUGACGCACGGCGACAUGGUGAGCCUGGACGAGGGUCGCUUCCCCGCCCUGGAGUUGAACAACCGCAGGCUGUCCGUCAAGAACUCCUUCUGCCGGAAGAACGGCGUCUACACCAGGUCUCCUCCCAGGCCAAGUCCGGGCAGUCUCAACUACUCAGAUGAAGACGUGAGCACAAAGUACAACGACUUAAUCCCUGUGGAGAGCAGCAGCCUGACCGAGAAACCGUCCGAAAUCUCUGACUCGCAGGGCAGCGACAGUGAGUACGAGGUGGACGCCAACCGCCAGAAGACGCAUUCCUUCGUCAACCACUACAUCAGUGACCCCACCUACUACAACUCGUGGCGCCGCCAGCAGAAGGGCAUCUCCCGGGCGCAGGCCUACAGCUACGCCGAGUCGGAGCCGGGCGAGCCGGACCACUGUGCCUCCCCGCCCCAGCUGCCCUCUCUGCCGCCCUUGCCGCCCCAACUCAGCUCGCCCAGCCCCCAACCCCAACCCCAGCCACAGCAGCAGCAGGCGCAGGGACAGCCACCCGGCCAGGGCAGCCUGUUCAGGCCCAAGGGCAGCCGGACUCCCACCCCGUGCCAGCAGAGCGCCAACCCCCCCGGCCAGCACGCCGCCCUCUACAGGCCCCCUAGCAGUCUGGCUCCCGGCUCGCGGGCCCCCAUCGCGGGCUUCUCCUCUUUUGUGUGAGAAUUGCAGAAAAAGAACAAAGGAAAUUCCUGGAAGUUUCCACGCCGCUUAUUUCCUGAUGGUAUUCCAACACUUUUAGCAACACCUUCACCUUGAGGCUUUCUAAGUGCAAGACACGUGAUGAAGAUACACACUUUUGGUCAGCGUUUUGUUUGCAUGACUUCUUAUCAUUUCUUUCUUCGUUUUGUUUCCACACACUCAAAUGGUACAGGCCCCGAACCUCGCGGGAGACCCCGUUACUCUUUUUAAAUGAGAAUUUCCAGAAAUGGACAAUGGAAAUUUUCGAAAGUGUCCACAUGGAUGUUCGUGUGAUUUGCACUUGUUUGGGUUUUUUUUUUUUUCCACAUUUCUGACACGCCUUCAACUUGUGACUUUAUGCACCACUUUUUGACACACGACUAUUAUAUAUCUGCUACACUUCUUGUUAGCGCUUGUUAGCCUGACUUUUUUUUUUUUUUAAGAUCGCCUUUAACUUGAGACUUUUUUUUUUUUUUGGACCCAUGGCCUUUUCCACAUUUUGUUGGAUUUUUUUUUUCACUGAUCAGUUUUUCAUCUCCCGACACUUUCACAAAAACGCCUUCGAUUUGCGACCUUUUGAGACACUUUUUGAAACCGCUAAACCUUUCAUUAGCGCUAUGUUAGCAUCACUUCUCAUUUUUUUAUCUACGACGCUUCAACGUGAGACUUUCUGCAACAGCUUUUGUGAGUGUUUUGUUUGCAUAACAUCCUUUUUGUUUUAUUACCAAUACUCCUUCAACUUAAGACUUUUUGCCACAUGACUAUCAUACACCGACACUACACUUUGUGUUAGCAUUUUAUUUGCAUGACUUACCGGAGUUUUUUUCUUGUUUGCACACGCUGAAAUGGUACUACCUUUCUAUGUCGUACAAAGUCACAGGAAUCCUUGAAUACACAUAUACAUAGAGACAUACUUAUGUAUAUAUAUAAUAUGAUGCUAUAUAUAUUAUAUAUAUGUACCUCGAGGACUAGUCGGUGCUCACUCGGUAUUUAUGGCGACUGGAAUAGUUUUGGGGGGGAAAAAAAGUGCUGUUCAUUGUAUAAAAAUUUCAAUUUUUUUUGUGUGUAUGUGUGUAAAGAAACAAUCACGUAGCACGUCAAAGAUCAGCUGGACUCAUACUUAUGAGUGAUUAAUGAGUUUGUACCUUGAGUCCACAUUCCAACAGAUGCCUUUCAUGCACACGGAUGACAUCUGGCAGGAAACUGCGGACAUUUCCUGGAUGUUUUUGUGGAUAUUCCUACUUGGAAGAGCUUUGGAAUCACUGGCGGUCACUCUAAACCAAACGAAGGAUUUUCUCUUUCUUUGGCCCUUCUCGCUUCCCUUCCCAAUUGAAGAUGUCAUCGAACCGCCUCGCCAACAAUUAAGCCGCCGUCCUGUCUCCAUUGCUUUGUGUAAGUGCGUGUGUAUGUGUGUGUGUGUGUGUUAACACACGUCCCGAGCUUUACAGAUCAUUCACUGUGUGUGCGUGUGUGUGAGCGUAACAAACUGUAAACCUGCCGAGACACUUGUAAUGCCACAGUGAAAAAAAAAUCACAGGUUAGUUUGUUUGAACAAAGUCAUCGAAUUGUCAUUAUUUUUGUUGCGAGUUUUUUCCUGUGGGGUAAUUUUGUUUUCUUAUGCGAUAAAAGUUUACCAUGCAGAAGAAUGAAUAUAUGAUCACAGUACAUUUCAAAAAUAAAUUAUUUUUCAAUGUUUA